GUCCCCGCUGAGGUUAGAAGGCAGGUGGAGAGAUGAGCCGGGCGCCUGCGUUCCUCAGCGCGGCCGAGGUGCAGGACCACCUCCGCAGCUCCAGCCUCCUCAUCCCGCCUCUGGAGGCAGCUCUGGCCAACUUUUCCAGCGGCCCCGAUGGAGGGGUCAUGCAGCCGGUGCGCACCGUGGUGCCAGUGGCCAAGCACAGAGGCUUCCUGGGGGUCAUGCCGGCCUACAGUGCAGCAGAGGACGCCCUGACCACCAAGUUGGUCACCUUCUAUGAGGGCCACAGCAGCACCUCCACUGUCCCCUCACACCAGGCCACUGUGCUACUCUUUGAGCCCAGCAAUGGCUCCCUUCUGGCGGUCAUGGAUGGAAAUAUCAUAACUGCAAAGAGAACAGCUGCAGUAUCUGCCAUCGCCACCAAGUUUUUGAAACCGCCCAGCAGUGAAGUGUUAUGCAUCCUUGGGGCUGGGGUCCAGGCCUACAGCCAUUAUGAGGUCUUCACAGAGCAGUUCUGCUUUAAGGAGGUGAGGAUAUGGAAUCGCACCAAGCAAAAAGCGGAGAAGUUUGCGGACACAGUGCAAGGAGAGGUACAGGUCUGUUCAUCGGUCCAGGAGGCUGUGACAGGUGCAGAUGUGAUCAUCACAGUCACCAUGGCGACAGAGCCCAUUUUAUUUGGUGAAUGGGUGAAGCCAGGGGCUCACAUCAAUGCCAUCGGAGCGAGCAGACCCGACUGGAGAGAGCUGGAUGAUGAGCUCAUGAAACAAGCGGUGCUGUACGUGGAUUCCCAGGAGGCUGCCCUGAAAGAGUCUGGAGAUGUCCUCUUGUCAGGGGCUGAGAUCUUCGCUGAACUGGGAGAAGUGGUGAAGGGAGUGAAGCCAGCCCACUGUGAGAAGACCACGGUGUUCAAGUCUUUGGGAAUGGCGGUGGAAGACCUGGUUGCAGCCAAGCUGGUGUAUGAUUCCUGGUCGUCUGGUAAAUAAAAUGAUGGAACUUUGCAUUGAGGUGGAUACUACAGCUCAAGGGAUGUUGCCACCAAUUGUCUCAUAAUUUCUAGAUCAAAUGAGGGAGCCCAGUGCCCAGUGAGCUAUGUUUUGUGCUUAUCAUGUCUUACCCUGAAUAAUGAGAUCCCUACUUAUGUUUGUAGGUGGAAAGCAAAACUAGGUGGCCAUUUCUUCUGUAACACCAGACUAUACUAGCACUUUUUCCCCUUGUAUUUCACUACUUCUGUAAUUCCCUGAAAUAAAGCAUUUUCCAAUUCUGCA